GAAAGAGAUGCACCUUGGCUUCAGCAUACAGCAUGAGCGAGAAUUCCAUCCCGAGAGAGCAUUUUAACGAAAUGAUUCAGGGUAGACCACCGACAUGCUAUGGAACUUGAAGGACUUCAAAGCACCCUAUCCUAUAGUCUCCAUUAUACAUGCCAAAACAGCGACAUGACAUAACUCCGCUUUGAACGCCAUGACCAGUUCAGCUUGGUUGAGCAAUGUCCAAAAGUAGGUUUGAAGCCCCUAAAGCUAUGUCCAGCUAUGAUACAUGUGGACGUUGAUUUACACGCCUCGGUCGUGGGGCAUCUCUGCGUCGUUCUUUCUUCCCUUGUCUUUGAUUUGAUUGCCUCGCAUCUAGAGCGCUUUAACUCCCGCCAUCGGCCCGUCCGGAUAGCGUCGUGUAGCAAGGUGGCGUCCCAGGGCAACAUUGCUUCCAUUGGUCUUUCGCUCGACGCCUCCCGAGACCACGCACAGCCCAUCUUGACGCUCUAAACACUCCUUUUCGAAGGGUUUCAACAGCAGUUGCACUGCAACCAUUCAACCCCUACAGGAUCAGUGUUGCAAGUGGGCCGCGAGACGUGUUGUAGUUGAUAGAAGGUAUCGUUCAUCUCAUUGCCUUGUAUUCCUCUUCUGUCGGCCCAUCUCGGCUAGUUAGACGCUGGGAGUGUUAUAUCUAUAGACCACUAGCGUCAGCGCUCGACAUCUUCCCUCGACUUCCCGUGUUUUUCGCCCACCUCCCUUGACGGCCGUCUGGACACCUCACCCUCCAAAAUGCCUAUCUUACUCGUCCGCAGCAAAAACCCGGAGGUGUCGACCGUUGUUCAGGUCUUCGUAAUCGUUGGCGUCCUCGUUGGCGUCUUCGCAUUUGCAUCGCUUCUCAUAUUCACCGUUCAUCGCUUGCGGCACUGGCUAUUGAGGAGGACGGAGAGCUUAGGUGUAUUUCCGUCAACGACGACGCUUGAGGAGGGUCGGGCGCGCAACUCAGACAGCGUUGCUACACUUCCCCUAUACUCAAAGGCUGCGUUGGAUGAGAAGGUGGACGUACCGUCAGGUCCGGCUCCAUCUUAUGAGGAGCAGGACUCACCCAACACUAGCGAGGAUGGAGAGUGUGUGAGCAUAGAGAUGCCCACGAUACCUUCCCCGGCUCGAACCAUGGACCACUUCUCUGGAUCUGGUAUAACCUCGCAUCCCCACCCGUUCACUCUCCAUGCCUCAUAACCCACAUUUUCGUUUUAUCCCGCUUACCCCAUGGACUCGCUCUCAUCUCGGAUUAACAUUUGCUCUCUUGCCUCAUAAUUUGCAUUACGGAAUCGCAUCAUCCACUAUCCCGUUAUCAUUGGCAUUGUUCCCUCAUAGCCUGCAUUAUCAUCCUAUUCAUCCAUCAUAAUACUACAUUUUUUUUCAUGCCCC